AUGAAGUUCAUGAAACUCGGAUCUCGCCCUGAUACUUUCUAUACUACCGACGCUGUGAGUUCUGUGUCAUCUGAGGUUUCCAGUGAUCUUAUAAUUCAAGUGAAGGGAAGCAGAUAUUUACUUCACAAGUUUCCCCUGCUGUCCAAGUGCCUGUGCCUGCAGAGACUAUGUUCAGGAAGCCCUGAAUCCUCACAGAACCAAAUAGUCCAACUCCCUGAUUUUCCUGGUGGAGUGGAAGCAUUUGAGCUAUGUGCGAAAUUCUGCUAUGGAAUCAUUAUUACUCUCAGUGCCUACAACAUCGUAUUGGUUCGAUGUGCUGCAGAAUACCUUCAAAUGACAGAGGAUGUUGAGAAGGGUAAUUUAAUUUACAAGAUUGAAGUUUUCUUCAAUUCUUGCAUACUUCAUGGAUGGAGGGACUCUAUUGUAACUUUACAAAGUACCAAAUCUUCCCCAUUGUGGUCUGAGGAUCUUGGGAUAACAAGUCGAUGUAUUGAAGCCAUUGCUUCAAAAGUUUCAUCCCAUCCCUCGAAGGUGAGUUUAUCGCAUAGUUAUUCGAGAAGAUGUAGAGAUGAUGUGUCCUGGAAUGGAUCAGAGAGCCAGAGGGAUAAAAAUACAAGUAAAGGCUGGUGGGCAGAAGAUUUAGCUGAAUUGAGGAUAGAUCUUUAUUGGAGAACAGUGAUUGCCCUGAAAUCAGGUGGGAAGGUCCCCUCGAAUCUCAUUGGAGAGGCGUUGCGAAUUUAUGCAUCACGUUGGCUACCGAACAUAUCAAAGUACUUGCAUAUUGAGAAACAAGCAGAAUCUGAUCACGAGUUGGGCUCCAAGGGGGAGGUGACUUCAAAACACCGGCUGUUGUUGGAGUCGAUUGUUAGUUUACUGCCACCAGAGAAAGGCUCAGCUUCGUGCAGUUUUCUUUCGAAAUUGUUGAAGGCAGCCAAUAUACUAAAAGCAUCAUCCUCUUCAAAGAUGGAAUUGGCAAGAAGGGUUGCAGUUCAAUUGGAAGAAGCCACGGUUGGAGAUUUGUUAAUCCCAUCUUUAUCGAACACAAAUGGCAUUAUUUAUGAUGUAGAUCUUGUUAUGACCAUAUUCGAGCAAUUUAUGUUACAAGGGCAAAGUCCCCCAACAAGUCCUCCGAGAUGCAAAGGAGACUUUGAAAGGAGAAGGUCUCGUUCAGCGGAAAAUGUUGAACUGGAGUUUCAAGAAAGCAGGAGAUCAUCUUCUGCAUCACAUAGUUCCAAACUGAAGAUAGCAAAGCUUGUGGAUGGAUUUCUCCAAGAGAUAGCACGCGACAAAAAUUUACCUUUGUCGAAGUUCAUUGCCAUUGCAGAAGCAGUUCCAGAAUUCGCAAGGCUCGACCAUGAUGACCUCUACAAAGCUAUUGACAUCUAUCUAAAGGGACAUCCAGAACUCAAUAAGAGUGAAAGGAAACGCCUGUGCCGAAUAUUAGACUGCAAAAAGUUAUCCAUGGAAGCUUGUAUGCAUGCUGCACAGAAUGAGAUGCUCCCACUAAGAGUGGUGGUGCAAGUUCUCUUCUUCGAGCAAGCACGUGCUGCAAUGGCUGGCGGUCAACUGAUUGAGCUUCCGAGCAAUAUCUCAGAGCUUUUUUCUGCUCAUAAUAACCCAUCAAAGAUUAAAGCUUCUUUUAGAAGCAACGUAUCCGUGGCACCAGAAGACAAAUGGAGUAUGGCCGGGCUCAAAUCACCAAAGUCGGACCUUUCGAGCCUUAAUAUGAGGCUGGCUGAAGAUGAUGACUUACACAAAAAAAUUUCCAAAGUGAUGGAAAAAUCUUCCAAACCCAACAGAUCUAAAAGUAUGUUCAGUAAGCUGUGGUCCAUCAACAGAAAUGAAAGUGAAAAGAAUUGA